ACGCGUCGGUGGCCAAUUUACGACACUCGUGGCCCUUUUCUCCAUGCCUGACGUCGGCAGCAUCUGGGAGGUCUCCGCUAUCCACGCGCUCCCUCUGAUAAACAAGUCUCACUUCAGCUUUUCAAGGCCUGCGUAUCCAGCCCGCCGGAAUUCGUGGCACCAAAUCGGACAAGCAAGCUAGCCAUGAAAUCCGUCUCGGAGCUUUUUGGUGACAAGAACGACGUAGCGGUCACCGCUGCUGCCGCAGUAGCUGUGAGUCUUGGCCUGACGUUGCUACUGCGCAGCUCGAAGAAGGACAAGUCCAUCGAAGGUCGGAAGCUGCCACCCGUGCCAAAAACCACGCUCCCCAUUCUCAAGAACAUCCUGGACGCUGGUGGCAAUGCCGAACGCUUCCACGACUGGCUAAACGAACAAUCCACCGAAUUCAACAACCGGCCGUGGAUGUUUUCGAUCCCUGGCCGUCCCGACAACAUCGUGCUGUCCUCACCAGAAAUGUUCGAGGAUGUGCUUAAGACCCAAGACGACGUGUUCCUGCGAGGCCCCACGGGUCAGUACAUCAGCUACGACCUGUUCGGCAACGGUAUGGUCAUCACCGAUGGAGAUCUGUGGUUCUACCACCGCAAAACAGCCAGUCACCUCUUCUCCAUGCAAAUGAUGAAGGACGUGAUGGAAGCUACAGUGCGUGAAAAACUUCAAGUGUUCCUGGAUGUUUUAAACGUCUACGCGAAGCGUGAGCAGCAGUUCAGUGUUAAACAGGAGCUGAGUCACUUCACCAUGGACGUCAUCGCCAAGAUCGCGUUUGCCAUCGAGCUGGACACGCUUAAGAACAGCCCCGAUAGAGACGAAGACCACGAGUUCUUGCAAGCCUUCAACAAGGCCUGUGUGGCGUUCGGUGUGCGUAUCCAGUCACCAAUGUGGCUCUGGAGACUCAAGCGAUACCUUAACGUUGGCUGGGAAAAAGUAUUCAAAGAGAACAACACUAUUAUCCAGAACUUCAUCAACGACGUGAUCGUCAAGUCGAUGAACAAGAAGGCGGAACUUGCAGCAAAAGGCGAGAAAAUGGUGGCGAGAGAUCUCAUCACCCUCUUCAUGGAGAGCAAUCUUCGACAGACAGAGGAUAUCCACAUCGAGGACGACGACGCUACUAUUAUGCGCGAUAUGGUCAUGUCUUUUGCGUUCGCUGGCAAGGACUCGACGGCUGACAAUAUGUGCUGGUUUAUCGUCAACAUGAACCGGUAUCCUGAGAAACUGCGUAAGAUCCGCGAGGAGAUGAAGCAGAAGCUGCCAGGUCUGUUGACUGGCGAGAUUAAGGUCCCCACGCAGGACCAGAUCCGCGACUUGGUGUACCUUGAGGCCGUGAUUAAGGAGAACAUGCGUCUCCACCCGUCCACGGCUUUCAUCGUGCGUGAGGCUAUGCAGGAUGCAAUUCUCGUUGAUGGAACGUUCGUGCGUAAGGGUCAGACGUUGAUGGUCUCCUCGUACUGCAAUGCACGCAACAAACAGACCUGGGGCGAAGACUGUCUGGAAUUUAAGCCUGAGCGUAUGAUUGAUCCCGAAUCGGGGAAGCUGCGUGUGCUGUCUCCCUAUGUCUUCAGCGGCUUCGGGUCGGGUCAGCACGUGUGCAUCGGUCAAAAGUUCGCUAUGAUGGAGAUCAAGAUGACUCUGGCGACUCUUUUCAGCAAGUUUGACAUCAAGACGGUAGAGGAUCCGUGGAAACUGACGUACGAAUUCUCUCUCACGACUCCGGUCAAGGGCGGUCUUAACGUGGAAGUCACACCUCUCACUCCCUUGACACCUGCUGCAUCAGCCUAAAUACUACUGGGAUUGCAGUGUUGCGGUCAGUAGAGAAAGAAUUAAGAAUUGAAUGGAAUUUGAACUUCGAGUAUUUUUUCAUCACUGUU